AAUGGAAUAUAGGUCAUGCCCCUAAUUUUUGUCAACAACAAACGCAAACUUACUGCUUUUAAAUACAGACAUGGCAUCUCAGAGAACGUAUGGUUUGAGAUUUAUGCCAGGUGAACCCCCAGGAACUACACGAUUACUAAGGGUAAAAGUCUUAAAUGGGGUCAAUUUGGCUAAGAAAGACAUAUUUGGUGCAAGUGAUCCAUAUGUGAGGAUUUCUUUGUUUAGAGGAGAUAGAGAAUCUGGACUCAUAGACUCUGCCACUACAGCAACUAUUAAAAAGACAUUAAAUCCUGUGUGGAAUGAAGAGUUCUUUUUUAGGGUUAACCCCAGGGACAAUAAACUGUUAUUUGAAGUGUUUGAUUCCAACAGAGUGACCAGAGAUGAUUUUCUGGGCCUGGUUGAAAUCCCGUUAGAUCACACAGCAAUACAAACCGAAGGUGACAAUCCUAUUGAACCUAAAUCAUACCUGUUAAGGCCUCGCAGUUCUCGAUCCCGAGUAAAAGGUAAUUUAAAGAUUUACCUUGGAUAUAUACAUAGUGAAGAAGAUGGUGAGACGGAGCAGGAUGAUUCAGGGGCACAGAACUCGACCGACCCAUCAUGGGAGAUGGUGAAUCUAGACAAUGCCUUGGAUCAACUUAGAACAAUCUCCUGCACAAAUGAUGCCUCAGGGGCAUCAGGGCCCACUAAUGAGGAGGAAAAUGAACCCCUUCCACCUGGAUGGGAGGUCAGAACUCACCAGCCUACUGGGAGAAAAUACUAUAUCAAUCACAACACCCGCAAAACACAGUGGGAUCCACCUCCCAGGGGACAAAGAACAGGGAGUACAUCACUGCCACCUGACUGGGAGGAGAGACAGGACUCCAAUGGACGAAUUUAUUACGUUAACGGAGUCACACGGGCCACACAGUUUGAGAGACCUACAGGGGAAAAUCAAGAGAGCCCUUCAGAGGAGGCUCAGCACAGAAGGAACGAGGCGGCACAGUUAUUCCGUUCACGUCGUCAUGUCAGCGUCGAGGACACUAUUAGUAUGCACAGUGAAAUGGCCUUGCCAACAACCGCCACAGAGGUUAGGGCACAGGAGGAACCCCAGGAACGGAGAGAGCGACGAUCAGCAAAUGUACGUGCUGCCUCAAUAGACAUUCCAACAGCUCAUGCAGCUAGUGCAGAAAGCAAUGAGGAGCCCCUCCCCGCUGGCUGGGGUAUGAGUGUAGCACCCAGUGGACGGGUGUUCUUUAUCAAUCACAACAACAGAGUGACCACAUGGGAAGACCCCAGAAAAUCCCAGAAUCAGAGAGCCAGUGUACGAGGUACUGCUGAUACACCAGCCCUCGUCAGGAGGAGUUCCUCCAAUGAGGAUCUUCUACAGAAUCUAGGUCCCCUACCUCCUGGUUGGGAAGAAAGGACUCAUAUGGAUGGACGAGUUUUCUAUAUCAACCACAAUAACAAAACAACACAGUGGGAUGAUCCAAGGUUACGACAGCUUGGUGGUCCUGCUGUGCCAUAUUCGCGAGACUACAAGAGAAAAUAUGACUACUUCAGGUCCAAGUUACGAAAACCUAAUAAUAUUCCUAAUAAAGUGGAUAUCAAAGUGUCGAGGGACCGCAUACUGGAGGAUUCUUAUAGAGCCAUCAUGUCACUAAAGAAAACAGAUGUACUCAAAGCAAGGUUGUGGAUAGAAUUUGAUGGGGAGGUGGGGCUGGAUUAUGGGGGUGUGGCCAGAGAGUGGUUUUUCCUGCUGUCUAAAGAAAUGUUUAACCCUUACUAUGGCCUCUUUGAAUAUUCUGCCACGGAUAACUACACUCUUCAGAUUAAUCCUUUGUCUGGAUUGGCCAAUGAUGAUCAUUUGUCAUACUUUGAAUUCAUUGGUCGAGUGGCAGGGAUGGCGGUUUUCCACGGGAAACUGUUAGAUGGAUUUUUUAUUCGUCCAUUCUAUAAGAUGAUGUUGGAGAAGCAGAUAGCUUUAGCCGACAUGGAACCUGUGGACUCUGAGUACUACAAUUCACUGGUAUGGAUAAUGGAGAAUGAUCCAGUAGAUUUGGAUCUGACAUUUUCUGUGGAAGAGGACUACUUUGGAGAGAUCACAUCUAGGGAACUGAAGCCUGGAGGAUCAAACAUUAUUGUCACAGAAGAUAACAAAAAUGAGUACAUCAAUCUAGUAAUCCAAUGGCGCUUUAUGUCCAGAAUUGAAGCUCAGAUGAAGGCAUUCAUGAGAGGUUUUGCCUGUUUAGUGCCAUUAGAAAUGAUCAAAAUAUUCGAUGAAAAUGAGUUGGAGCUGUUAAUGUGUGGCCUUCAGGAUAUUGACGUCAACGACUGGAAGGAGCAUUCUGCCUACAAAGGAGAAUAUAAUCCAAACCACCCAGUUAUAAUUAACUUCUGGAAGGCUGUAUAUUCAUUGAAUAAUGAAAUGAGAGCUCGACUUCUACAAUUUGUGACGGGCACAUCUCGAGUUCCGAUGAAUGGAUUUAGGGCGCUUUAUGGAAGCAAUGGACCACAGCUCUUUACCAUAGAGAAAUGGGGCAAUAUCAACCAGUUCCCCAGAGCCCAUACCUGUUUCAAUCGCUUGGACCUGCCUCCAUAUACAGACUACCAUGACUUGAGAAAGAAGCUUUUGAUUGCUGUGGAGAAUACCCAAGGAUUUGAGGGUGUGGAUUAGAUUUACACUGUAAUCCAUAGUGUCUCAGUGACUAUGUUUUGAUCAGUAUGCAAGGUGAAUAGUCAAAUAACUUCAUGAGGAGGGCAUUAAUUUUCCUCUGAUACAUAUACAUAUAGGUCAGAGACACAGGACUAGAUCUUAUAAACUUUUUAUUCUGUGAUCAGACUUGUGCAAUCUAUUUUCUAUUUUCCUAUGGAAAAGUGCUCCAAUAACAGAUCAGUUAACUCUAAGAGGCUUUUAACUCGGCUACAGAUGUAAAUUUAUGUACAUGUAUAUAUUCAUGUCAGCGGACAGAUAAUGGUACUUAAUUGAAGUAUGUUGUGUUAUAGACAGAAAUGCUUGAAAUGUCUAUUAUUACUAUUUUAGCAACUAUUUCCAUGUAGAGUUCUGUCCAUGCUUUCACUGUGAUGCUUAACAGUGGUACAUGUACAUUAUUUGGAAUUUGUUCUCUCAAUGAUUUUUUUUGUGAAAUUGAACCAGUUUUAUUAAUGGACUGAUUUAUGUUUUCUUUGCUUUUUUAAUCUAAGUGUUAAGAAAAUGUUUCUUUGGCAUGUCAAAGAAAAUCCAUGGAAAGAAUUGUUAAGGUCAGACAAUACGUUCCUCAAAUGUCUGUUUUGUAUUCCUUCGAAUUAUGUGGAAAAUAUUCAAAAUCUUAAUUACCUUCUGAUUUCUAAACUGGUUUCUAAUUGUCUUUUAAAAAAUGAAACAACAAAAAAUGUGUUAUUGGCUAAUUAAGUUUUUUUCCAAAAGGAUUUUAUAGGAAAAACAUCCUCUGGUAUCUUGCACAAAUGCCUGGUAAGGUACCUCAAUUUUUUGCGAGUAAACGUGUUAAAGUUGCAAUACUUCAAUGACAAAAUCUUAGAAAAAAUUUUAUAUUAUUGAGGAACGUAUCGUCUGUCCUUAAAUACAGGUACAUGUAUUACUGGCAAUGUGAAGUGGUGAAGGUGGCAUUUGAAUAUCCAGUGAAUUUACUUUUUUGUGAGUUUUAUAAAACCAUGGAUUACUUGUAUCGAGGAAAAUAGACAACCACAGAAAUUACCACUUUUAUAUUGGGG